UUUUUGCUUGUUGGAUUAUUAAGUCGAGACUAUCUUUCUCUUAACUCGUGUACGCACUAGUGUAAAGCUCAACGAUUAGUUACUGGCCCAGUGACCACUACUAAUCCCUCAUGAAACGAAUGACGGUCUGUCCGUUUGGGACUGAAGAUGUCUCCAACCUUCUUGCUUCAUGUAUGGAUACCGAAGCUGACAACUUAUUUAUAUGACUAAUAAUAUAUGAAUUUUGAAUGUACAAGAGAUGCAGGAGAUAAACAGAUCGCAUUGCCUAUAGCGCAUAUCUCAACGUCAAGACCUUAAUUUUACCCAGUCGACUUGAUCGACCAUAUCAAAUAGAGCGCCGACGUAUUUCUUCUUUCCGUUGAGAAUCACUUCCAUUUAAGACCUCUCUCUCCGGGUAUCCUAUCGAUAUGUGAAGCGCGGAAUAUUGGGAAGGCCUAGGUUGAUAGCUGGACUAUAAAGCGCUUAUCUUUCCUGCCUCUCACUGCUGAGAUGAUGAUAUCGGACGAAGCAUUAAGUGUGAUCAGUUUUGCCUGACAACUGCUUUCGGCAAGGUAUCCUAGUACAGAAGGUCCGCGAUCCUUUCACAUCUUAUAGCUCGGCUCGAUGCGUCGUCAUCCUUAUAAUACAUCAAAUCGACAAACCAAAGGCAAACGAAUAGAAAGUAAUAUCUGUUCCUUCCUUCGUCCGGUCUUCCUCCUCUGCCACCAUUCCCACCACCAUAACCCUCUUGCAUUUAUCCCUAUACAUCACCACGCGUCAAUCAGAGCACCCCAUCCCCAUCCCCGUCCUCAGCCUCAGCCUCACCCCCAAAAUCUUCGCCACUUGACAACCAGCGGUCUUCAUUGCCAGCUUGCACAACUUUUUCCGCCUUUUAACUUGCAAAAAUCCGCUUUUCGCGAUCAGUAACCAAGAGUAAAUCAGUGAUGUAAAAUGCCUUUCAAGAAACCCCCGUUACAGCCUCUCUCCCUCUCCGAAAUGGCCUCGCUCUCCUCCAAACUAUUCUCUUCCAAUCUCUUCCCUCGUAGUCUCACUCGAGAACCCCGACCUCCCCAACUGGCAGGUAGCAAGCUUCCCCCUCCCGCUGCAGAGAUUGAUGAGCGGCCCACGGCACGCGUGAGGCGAUUCAAGCUCUGGAAUGAGCAGGUAGGCGAUCUUAGAGUAACUUUGCUUGAUCCCAAAAGACGAGGCUGUCUAGCAAAGUAUCGCAUGUUUGUCGUCCCUUCGCCUCCUCGACCAGAAUUCGGUCGCCUGUCCCCUUCUCAUCGUCCAUUCCAUAUUGAUCCGCAACCUUUCCGUCAUUCCAUUCUACCUCCGCCGUCCCUCAUGCUAUCGUCUGAGGUAAUGAUAAACUCCAAAAACGACAAGAUUUCCAAGAAAGAACGUGAGCGCACUCACGAGCGACUACUGGAACAUAAAUGGGUCCUGGACCAAGAACAUGAACGGAGAUUCCGGAGAGGGAUGGCCGCAAUCAUGGAAGAUGUGCUAGAAUUUCAAAGGUCAAAUACGAUGCCAGCCGAGAGUGGGAUAGGGUAUAAGUGGAAAGAAGGAGUCGAUCUUAAUUGCGUCAUGGCAUUUCGAGAAUUCUUUUGCGCAGUCCGUAAAGACUCGACCGCCAUAUAUUCCUACCUCGACCCCAUUGACAUUGCACCCGUAGCGAAUAGGGAUGAAGUACAUAAGAUGGUGAAGAAGGUGGAACGGAGGAGGAAAAAGAGGGAGAGAAAAAAGGCGGAUAAGAAGAUGAAGAGGGAGACUGAGUCCCGAUUGAAUGAGGAAAGCGAGAGAUUAAAAGCUGAGUGGGAGGCUGAGGCCACUCGUAAUCCUAUGGACGAAUUGAGGGAAACAACAAACGAAAGUCAAAUUACUCCCAACUCUGAGGCCUCCAUUACCCCAUUUCCUCCUCCCGCCGAAACCUGUACUCAAGAGCAGGAUGACGAGAUCGCAAGACUUAUCACCCACUUACUCUAUUUACGCGAAGAGAAGAUUGUCUUAGGAGACAUUGAAGAUCGGGAUACAAGACGGGUAAGAAAGGCCGUCGCAGCACACCCGCCGGAAGCGGUGGAGAUGGCUAGUGAGCUAAAUUGGGAAGGCAGAGGGGAAGUUGCUGCAAUGCCUGUUGGGGAUGAAGCUCGGAGCACGUCUCUAUCGUUAUCACAAGACUCACUGUUGGACGCUGCAGUAACAUAUCGUCCCAUUUUCCGCCCCUCUUCCCAUCGGUCUUACUCUCGCUCUUCCUCCCCGUCCUUUCAUGUACGGUCCGGUUCUUUAAACAUCGACGACGAUACUGAUUUUCCUCCGACACUGACUCCUUCCGUCAUCCCCUCUUCGUUCUUUUUUCCUUGCCCUGACAGUGAACAUUCCCCAGAUACCGAGUAAGCGUUCCCUCUUUUGGUUAUAAUGAAUUCAGUUCCAUCUUUGAAGGUCGCAAAGAAUGAUGGCAAGAAGGACUGGCCGAGAGGCGUAUGGAACUUUUGAGGGGGGAAGAAAUAUUUUAGCACUGAAUGACAAAUCGACGGUGAUCUGAAGCAU